AUGGCUGGCAGGUUAGAGGAUAUCGCGGUCGACCCCGAUCUAUACUCUAUGGCCACAGGGUAUAAUGGGGAGCCACAAGAUUUUCAGUCGGAAACUACCUCUCUCGCAUCCACUAUUGCAAGAGGACGAUUAGAAAAUGGCCGAAGAUACCAGGCUAUUAAAGAUGAUGAUUACUGGGGACCGUCUGAUGAGCAACAAUUCGAAGCGUUUGAGAUCGGUCACCUGGUUUUCCUUGUGAUUGAUCAUCUUCAGCCGAACCCACUCUUCCACGCUCCUAUUGGGGAAUCACCAAAGAACAUUCUAGACAUUGGAACUGGCAAAGGCAGCUGGGCAAUUGAUGUCGCCGAUCUCUACCCAACAGCUACCGUCCGAGGUGUGGAUGUCUUCCCUCCACCCGUAACAUGGAUGCCUCCAAACUGCGUCUUCGAAGUAGACGACGUACUCCGUGAAUGGACAUGGAAGGAACCAUUUGACUUUAUCCACAUGCGUUUAAUGUACGGUGCAUUCGCCCCAGAAGGAUGGAAAAAAGUCUACCAACAAUGCUACGAUGCCCUCGAGCCCGGCGGCUGGAUCGAGCAAAUGGAACUAGACGUACGGGUCUACAGCGACGAUGGAAGUUUACAAAAGCACCAUGAGCUAUAUAGAUGGGGCGACAUGUUCAUCAACUGCUCCGAGAAAGCCGGUUCCUCUCUCCGAACACAUGAAACAAUGCGCAAGGCAAUCGAAGAGGCAGGUUUCGUCGACGUGCACGAGAAGAAAUACAAGAUUCCUCUUGGUCCGUGGGCAAAGGAUACGAUCUACAAAGAGGCUGGUCACCUUCAAUAUGCGCAUUGGAAUGCCGCUCUGGAAGGCUGGGCAAUGUGGCUUCUUACUCACCAUGGAGAGCCGAAGCCAUGGACAAAGGAAGAGGUGCAGGUGUUUUUGGCUAAGGUUCGCAAGGAGCUGAAGACACCUGCUAUUCAUGCUUAUGAGCCUGCGAAUCGUGUUUGGGCGAGAAAGCCUACACUGGCAGAGAUGAAGGCGAGAGAAGAGACCCGGAUCAAAAUUGAGCCCUCGCCGUAG